UUGGACCGGCACUGGCUGCGGGAUGCCUGCACUUGCGAGUUGUGCGUCGAUCCCGACUCCGGUCAGAAGAAUUAUGGUACCUGCGAUGUGCCCCUCGAGCUUCCUAUUCAAAACUGUCGGAAAACGGCCGAGGGAGAGCUCGAGGUCGUUUGGCAAAACGACUUUCUCUCUCGGCAAGGCGAGAAUCACGUGUCAAAAUAUUCAGCCGACUGGAUCCAAUCCUUCUUCUUUCCAGCACCAUAUGGAAGCUUCAAGUUGCCCAAUCGGAUUUUCUGGGAUAAGGCGAUAUUCGAGAAAGAUCGUAUUACCCUUGAUUACAAUCACUGGAUGGCUAGCGGGCGGGAUUUCGUCCAGGGCAUGUUGCAACUGCGGACUCACGGCCUUCUCUUCCUGAAAAACGUUCCGGAAUCAGAAGAAUCGGUCAUUCACGUUGCCAACCAGAUCGGCAAUCUUCAAGAGACGUUGUAUGGGCGCACUUGGAACGUGCGAUCCAAGCCACAGGCUGAGAACGUAGCGUACACCAAUUCCUUCCUUGGUCUUCACCAGGAUCUGCUGUACACGGUGGAUCCGCCACGCAUUCAGAUUCUUCACUGUCUGGAAAACACAUGCGAAGGCGGGGAAUCAUUAUUCAGCGAUGGGCUGCGAGCGGCGCACCUCAUGAAGCUUGGACCGGCACAUUUCUUUAAGCCCCUCAUUCACAAGGUGUUACGGUACGAAUACAAGAAGCACAAUCACCACUACCAACAGGUCCGUGCAGUGGUUCAUCAAAACCUUGAGAAGGUGUACUGGUCGCCACCAUUUCAAGCCAGCGACCAGAACCUGCUCAAGACGGGCCAGGGCAGCAAACAUUAUCGGGCAUGGGUGGAGGCCGCGACAAAAUUCCGGAAGCUCCUGGAAGAUGACCCAUGGAUGUAUGAAUACAAGAUGAAGCCAGGCGAGUGCGUGUUGUUUGACAACCUGCGCAUUCUACACGGUAGGAAGCAGUUCGACACGAGCUCCGGGAGGCGUUGGUUGAAGGGGGCGUAUGUCGCCCAUGACGUCUACAGCAGCAAG